AUGUUUAUUUACCUGAGUAAAAAGAUUGCCAUCCCGAACAACACCCGCCUGAACUGUAUCGCGUGGAACAAGGACCAAGGGUACGUGGCGGUGGGCGGUGAGGAUGGUUUGUUGAAGGUGUUGAAGCUGGAACAAGCCAGCAGUACGGCGGUAUCAGCCCAACCCGGAAAAGCGCUGCAGGCGAGCAAUCUUUCCAUGAACCAAACGCUGGAGGGCCAUAAAUCGGCCAUACAGGUGGUAACGUGGAACGAGUCCCAGCAGAAGCUGACUUCCUCCGACAAGGAUGGCGUUAUAAUGGUGUGGAUGCUCUACAAGGGCUCCUGGUACGAGGAGAUGACAAACGAUCGCAAAAAGUCAACCGUGAAGGGAAUGGCGUGGACAAGCGACGGGCAGAAGAUUUGCAUCGUGUACGAGGAUGGUACGGUGAUCGUCGGUUCGGUAGACGGCAACCGGAUCUGGGGCAAGGAGCUAAAGAAUGUCUCACUGACUGGUGUACAGUGGAGUCCGGAUGGUCGGUUUCUGUUGUUUAGUAUCAAGAACGGCGAAGUGCAUCUGUACGAUAAUCAGGGCAUCUUCGUGAUGAAGCUGCACGUACAGUGCGUGUAUUUGACGCCGGCCAAGAGUGUUACGGUGGUGGGACUGUGCUGGUUCCACAAAGGUACAUCACCAAGCCGGCCGGUGCUGGCGAUCUGUUACGAGAAUGGACGCAUGCAGUUGAUGCGGAAUGAGAAUGAUGAUGCACCGGUGGUGGUGGAUACGGGAUUGCAAGCGAUUUCCUGCAUGUGGAACCAUGACGGUACGAUUCUGGCCCUGUGUGGCAUGAAGACUAACCUGAACAGUGACAAGGAUAGCAGUCAGGUGUUGUUCUACACUCCAUACGGUGUGCACAUUCGGACGUUGAAAAUUCCGGGAAAAGAAAUUACAUGCCUCUCCUGGGAAGGCAAAUCGCUACGAAUAGCGCUGUCGGUGGAUUCGUUCAUUUACUUUGCUAACAUUCGGCCUGAUUAUAACUGGUGUUACUUCAACCGUACCGUUUGCUACCAGGAAGCGGCAGCGAACGGUAGUGGCGAGGAGGUGGAUACGGUUACAUUUUGGGACACAAACUCGAACCAGUGCGUCUAUGCGAAGCAGAUAGACGCGCUGAUGUCGAUGGCAGCAUCGGUAGAUCAUUGUGUGCUGGCCGUUGAGACGCGUAUGACCGGGAAGGAGUUUAGCAUCGUGAGCGAAGGCAAGGGAAAGGAUCUGAUGUACCAGUUGUUGGUGUGUAAUUCGAUCAGCACAACGGUUGAUUCGAAAUAUAUCGAUAUACGACCAGAGUUUAUUACGAUGAACACGUCCCACGUGAUCGUCGCCUCGAAGGAUCAUUUUCUGCUGUGGCAUUAUCAUACGCCGAAGGGCGCGUCAACGUUACAUGCUAACUUAAAAAUUAAACGAGAUCGCAAAUACCACAUUGACGAUACACCAGCCCUCGAGGUGCUGAACGAUCUCGAUUCGAAAACGGCCAACGAAAUCCCACCCAAAGUCGACCCAAGCCAGGAUCCAAUAUGCUGUGUAGCUUCCUCGGAGAAUCUGCUACUGAUUGGACGUGAAAGUGGGCUUAUUCAUGAGUACACACUACCCCACUUGGUACUGCGGAACCGUCAUUACUUGCAGGCACGCAGUUACAAACUCGCUAUCAAUUGCAACUCCACGCGGGCCGCCAUGAUCGAUUGCAACGGUGUACUGACGACAUUAACACUUCGUGACGAUACGAGCGAAUCGGAGCCAGCCUCCACGACACCGCACAUUGAGCGGAAAGAUGUGUGGGCUAUCUGUUGGGCACGCGAUAACCCACAACUGCUGGCAAUAAUGGAGAAAACGCGCAUGUACAUCUUGCGUGGUGCCGACCCGGAAGAACCGAUCACUUGCUCUGGAUACAUCUGUAACUUCGAGGAGCUUGAAAUUACGGGUGUGUUGCUGGACGACAUCGUGAAGGGGGGCGCGACACCGAACGUAAAGGAACACUUGCUGCAGCUACGAGUGAAGUCACUACGGGACACCGAGGAUCUACUCGCACAUGUCGGCAUUGCAGAAGCGAAGCAAUUCAUUGAGGAUAACGCACAUCCACGCUUGUGGCGCCUUCUGGCGGAAGCAUCACUGAAAAAGCUUGAUCUCGAAACGGCCGAAGCAGCAUUCGUACGGUGCAGCAACUAUCCGGGCAUUCAGCUGAUCAAGCGACUGAAGACGAUUCAGCUGGAGGCACUGCAACGGGCAGAGAUCUGUGCAUUCUUUGGGGAGUUCGACGAAGCGGAGAAACUGUACAUGGACGUAGAUAGGCGCGACUGUGCGAUCCGACUGCGGCAAACACUGUGUGAUUGGUUUCGCACGGUGCAGCUGUACCGGCUCGGGCCGGGAAUCUCCGACCAGCAGAUGGAGAACGCGUGGCGUGAGAUCGGACACCACUACAUGAGUAUGCGUGCGUGGGACAAUGCGAAGGAGUACUACGAGAAGGCCCAUCACACGGAAGGGCUGAUGGAUGCGCUGUACGCGUUGGAGCAGUACGAUGAGCUGGUGGGGUGUAUGCAUCGACUGCCGGAGAAGAGCCCACAGCUGGCAAAGCUCGGACAGCAGCUGGCCACGGUUGGGAUGUGUGAGCAGUCGGUAGCUGCCUACCUGAAGCUUGGUGACGUCAAGUCGGCCGUUUCAACGUGCAUUAGCCUGCGGCAGUGGGGUCUCGCGGUGGAACUGGCACAGAAGUACCGUAUGCCGCAGAUCAACACGCUGUUAAGCAAGCAUGCGGCCCAACUGCUCCAGGAGGGCAAGCUACCGGAAGCGAUCGAAUUGCAGCGCAAAGCGGGAAGAUAUCUGGACGCAGCCCGUCUGCUCGUGAAGAUGGCCGAAGCGGAAGCAGAGAAACGAUCGGACUACGUGCGGAUAAAGCAGUUGUAUGUACUCUCUGGGCUACUGGCCGAAGAGCACGUAGAAAAGCAACUGACUGUACAAGCGGCAGGAAGCAGAGCGAUAGUCUUGUCCCAGCUGAGUCCCGAAGAUGCGGUACUGAUUGAGCAAAUCUGGCAUAACGCGGAGGCGUAUCAUUACAUGCUGUUGGCACAGCGUCAGCUCAGGACAGGCUUGUUGCAUAGUGCCGUCGUAACAGCGCUUCGGCUACGCGACUACGAGGAUGUGUUGGAGGUGGAGUCACUGUACGCACUGCUCGCCCUAGCCAGCUGUGCUGAUCGGUCGUUCGGUACGUGCUCGAAGGCCUUCAUCAAGCUGGAAUCGAUUGAGACGAUCUCGGAAGCUCGGCGCCAACAGUACGAGGAGUUGGCGAUUGAGAUUUUCUCCCGGUACGAGCCACAGGAUGGAAAGAUGAAACACAUCAGUUGUUUUACCUGCGAGACACCGGUCGCCGAUUGUAGUACGCUCUGUCCGAGCUGCGGUAGUCGGUUUCCACCAUGUGUAGCAUCUGGACAACCGCUGACAAACCCUACCGGCGCAUGGCAGUGUACCGGGUGCUAUCAUCUGGCGAGCCCGCUAGAGAUCAGUACCCGCAAGACGUGUCCGCUGUGUCAUCGAGCAAUAGCCCCAACAAAGGGAGCGAUCGAGAUAUAA